ACGCGGAUUUGCGAGGAAGCGAACAAUCAUCGCUCACCAUCCAUCUUUCGUCAUAUGCAAUAUGCAAUCUCACCCGGAGCAGGCAUUCAAAGCGUCUCAUGGCAAUUAGACGCUCUGCCAUAAUUGCGGCCACAAAUUAUCCAAUCGAGCAGCCUGGUAGCAUUGACCCAGCACCAUCAUUGUUGGCUGAUGGUACAUGCAUGACCAGAUCGCGAAGCAAGCCAACAACUGCCAACAGCCAAAGCCAACGGGUUUGCACUUUCUUUCGGCGACCCGACCAGUUUGUUUAUAAAUACAUGGCGCCUCUGGUGGCCAACUGGCAAUCGUCGUCGAGUCUCCACCAGAUUUACUAAGCCCACUUGCCGCUCCCAGCCUCCAGUCUACAGCUCCUAGCUUUUCCGAGUGCGAAAGUAAAAGCGUUUUUCACCGAACUCGUCCAUCCACAUUGGCUCCGCUUGGCGGACGAUCCUCCACUGGCGUCAUAAGCAUUUCAUCUCUGGUCCGCACAGGACGUUCGUGUCGGUCAAGUCGAAGUCGAGUUCCAGAUCGGGGUUGAGAUUGGGAUUGAGAGCACUCGGUGUGCGACACAGGAACCCAUCCCAUAAGCUUACGCCUGCGGUGAUCACGAGUCUUCCGGUUGUGCGACUUACUCUCGCCAGCUGCUCCAUCGCCAGCUGCUCCAUCGCCAGCUGCUCCAUUGCAUAAGCACCUAAGAUGCCAUCGCUGCUGCACCUCCUGCUCCUGGCGCUGUUUUUGGUGGCCGUGCCGACGCAGGGUCGCAAGAUCAAACGGAAGGAGCCACACUAUCACCAUCACGUCAAUGUGCCGCCGCCACCACCGCCUCCAUCGCCCCAUGGACCGGGUCCAGUGCCCCAGCAAACGGCGGUGAUCGAGCACGAGGUGCCGCCGUACACCUACGAGGCCAUCAACCACGACGAAUUCGAGCCGGCCAAGGUGAAGCUCUCCCACUUCGAAGCCUCCUCCGACUACAUAGUGCACUCGCACAGCGGAGCCGGACUAGGAGGAGGAGGAGGUGGCUACCUCGCCGACAAUGGACUGCGCAGCAUAGCGAAGGGCUCAGCGGAUCAGGCCCUGUCCGCAGUGGCCAGCCAAAAUGCGGCAGGCAAGCAGGCCUCCUACGUGGCCAAAAGUACUCUGGCGCAGGCGGCAGCUCAGGCAGCCGGCACAGCUGUGGCCGUGCUGAAGGGCAAGGAGGUGCUGCUGCAUCGCCUGGAGGAUCAGAGUGUGGAGGCGCACAAGGCCAUGGAGAACGAGCUGACCCAGCUGCAGCAGGCCAAGCGAUCGGCCAAGGCAGCCCAAUAUGCCGCCCAGCAGGCCAUUAACCAUGUCAGCGUCCUCACUGCCGCACUCAACAAUGCGCAAUCCGCAUCGGAGUUGGCCCAAAAGGCGGCAUCCGAGGCGGCUGCCGAGCUGUCCUCCCAAAUCGAUAUGGUGGCCCAGGCCAAGACCAAGCUGGAACACGCUGAAUCGCAGGCUUAUGCAGCUCGACUGGACUACGAGGAAACGCGAGAUGCCGCGGAGAAGGCUACCUUGUCCGCCCAAGAGGCGCACUUGAAUGCCAACGAUGCCGCCUUGCAUGCCAACGUGGAGCUCGCUGAGAAUGUGCAUAUCCACGACAAGAGCGAUCGGAAUGUGCGGGAACCGCCGCGAAACCACAGACAUCAGUAGUGCACUGCCACACGCUAGGCUUUUAAUUCUUAUUUAUUUGUUUUCCUUAAUUUGGUUUGUUUUGCUGCAGCGAUGCAAUAAAGUUUUGUUGACACUAA